AAAUUUCCUCACCGCACUUUCUUGGAAGCCCAACCCGUCUUGGAUUUGUGCCCAACGACCCUCUCAGCCAACCACCAAGCGCCCGCUGCUCUACGCCCUCACUGGACUCACUCAGCCCUGGACCACACCCACGCACACAACCAAGGACGGAACCACUCACACCAAAUCCGGAUCCACGGCAAUCCUUCUCGACGCUUCUUCGGAUCCCGCCUUCCUCACAGCUCGGCUUCUUAUACAAGCUCUUGCCUCCCCGUCAUCUCGUCAUCUUGCGUCUCUUCCCUUUCUGUUCUGGUGUUUCACACUCCAAAAGAGAAAGCUACUAGAGAUCAACAGACAGAUCUACGACCCACACAGGAUCAAGGACUUCUUUCCCGCUCUGCCCUGGUGUUCCACGACAGCCCAAGGUUGAGUCUCGCGACACACUCCAGUUUCGAGCCCAAAGGACUUUUUUUCCUCUUCACUCUCCAUUCAAGCCACAAGGACUUUCAGCCCACAGGACUCUUCUCUCUACUCUCUGCUCUCUGCUCCGAGUGUUAUUUGCUCAGAGUUACUGCCGGAGAGCGUUGCCACCACAGGACAACUGGACACACAGCCCGAGGAAUGACUGCUAUCGUUGUGCCCCGGACUUCUGAUAACACAAUGUCUGGCUACAACACCCACGUUGAGCUGGACGAGGUUCACACCCCCUCGAGCGAUUACAGCUUUGCUCAGACCAACAUGCUUCCCUCCACUACUGGGAUGUUUUCUUUCUGCCAAACAGGACCAGCGGACCUGAACGGUUCGUCUUGGGAUGCAACAACGGAAGGUCCACAGAACUUUUCCGAAUUCACUGUUGCCGGAGACUAUUAUACCACUGGAGAUGCCGAGGACUGCUUUAUUCCUUUCAGCCAGAACACACCAAGGCCGGAACAAACGGAAACCAUGGAGGACUAUCAAGCCAGGUGGAAUGCUGCUGCUGCCGCGGUUGACAAGGUUCCAAAGGCGGAGCCUAUGCGCCGCAUGACUUCCCAGAGCUCUACCAGCAGCCACAAGCAAAGGAUCACCAAGUCGACACCCCCAACCAAGAGGGUAGGAAGGUCGAGAGUUCCAUCAGUUCAUCUCACCUCGACCUCCUCGGCGUUGUCCAAGCUUGAUGUCUCUGGAAAUGGCUCCAGUUAUCAGGAUGCCUCAUUGACACAUGGCCGCAUCAUGGAUGUGCCCCAGUUCUCUACUCCGGAUUUUGAAUCAUUCAAUGGACACCCAGCAUUCUACACCAGCAUGAUGGGCAUGCCGGAUGGUCUUCCCUUCUCCGCCGAGAUGGGUGCUUCUGCUAUGAGCCAGCAUGUGAACCCCCAGAUCUUCACUGCCGGUAUGAUUGGCAGCUCUCCUCAGUCUUGGGGCUCUCCUAGCCCUGUUGGCUCUUCGCGCAUGUCUUCCCCUGGAUUCUUCGAGGGGGAUGUUUUCUCUGGCGUUCCUUCUGUCUCUUCUCCCGAGGAGAGCACAAGCUCUAUCUCGCCCAUUAUUCCCGGCCAAUCGCCCAGGAUGAGCCGCAACGGUUCGCAGUUCGUUACCACCGAGGAUAUCCAUGGAAAUGUGAUUCCUGCUGUUGACGAUGCCUUUUCUCUUCCUCCUCCUUUCGGCGCUCGCCGUAUGAGCGGUGAUGGUGAGUCUGCCAGGGAUCACUAUCUCUACAAGAACGCUCUUCCGCAAGCCGAUGGUCUUUUCCACUGCCCAUGGGAGGGCGAGACCAACUGCAACCACAAGCCCGAGAAGCUCAAGUGCAACUAUGACAAGUUCGUUGACUCUCACCUCAAGCCCUACCGCUGCAAGGUUGAAGGAUGCCAGAACGCCCGUUUCUCUUCUACUGCUUGCCUUCUUCGUCAUGAGCGUGAGGCCCACGCCAUGCACGGACAUGGAGAGAAGCCCUAUCUCUGCACUUAUGAGGGAUGUGAACGCUCACUUCCCGGACAUGGCUUCCCCCGCCAAUGGAACUUGAGGGACCACAUGAGGCGUGUUCACAACGACAACGGCUCUGCUGCCCAGGCCGCUUCUUCUCCUCCCCCAUCGGGAGCCAGUGCUUCUUCCCGGGGUCGCAAGAGAAAGAGCGAGGGUGACAAACAGGAAGCACAGGAAAAGACCAGCUCCCGCAAGUCAGCCAACAAGAUUAGCAAGGCUGAGGCCCAGGCCGAUGUUCACCGUGCUCAAUGGAGCGAGCACCAGAAGGCUCUCCAGAGCAUCUUCCAGGAAUACCUUCAGCCCGAGGACCCCCAAAGCCUUCAGUACAUCAAGGAUGCUCAGGAGCACUUGGCCGCCAUGGGCAAGCUUCAUCAAGCCCUUUCCAACGGUGUUCAGCCCCGCAGCUGGAAGAUGUAGACGUUCCGACAUUUUGUCAGAACGCAAAACUACAAAUCAACUUCUGGAAUAGCCUCCUGGACUUUGGUUCUACGAUCUCUUCAAGUGCUAGGUCACUUGAACCAGUCAACGUCAAACGAAUGACGGUACUGGACCACUCCUCGCCACAAAGCUGUGACGGGCUAGCCACCUCGCCGCGCCGAGUUGAGGCCGGCCCAUGAGCCAUUGUUGCGCCCGGAGUGAGGAGAUAUGGACAAAGUCUGAUGGGCUCCAUGGACCUACUCGAGACUCCAGCGCAUUGACGCCGGACCAGAGGUCAUGGAGUAGACUGUCAGGGGCGCUGAUGCGUCACCUUCAGGGGUAUCCGACAAACGAAGUUGAAGAAGUUGAGAUCAGGGGACGAGGGAAAGAGAAAAGUUUUUUGUUGACCGUGGCCGAAUGUACAAAGGAAAGGAAAAAUGGGAACUGGGUGGCAAAAGCAAUGGUUGGGACUCCUGGAAAGAAAAGUUUUCGAGUUUAAAAAGUUAAGGGGCUGGAUAUGAGAUCAACAGUAUCAUAUACUGAGGAUGGCAUGGGCGGAUAUACCGGUUUUGUUCUUUCUAGAGGGUUGUUUUUGUACAAGGGCACUUUUCUUCUUCUUGGGAAUGGGGAUGGGGUUCUUGACGACUUACGACUCUUCUCAUUUUGUUGGACAAUUUUUUUUGGUCCCUUCUUUGAUACCAUGGCAGUUAUUUAGGGAUUUAGAUAGAAGGUUCUAUGAGCUCUCAGCUUGGGUUUGAUUUGCGAAUUGGUUAUUUUUCUUUUUCGGUUAUCUCAGUUGGUGGCAUUGGACAUUUCGUUGAAGCGGGUUCAUCGCGGGGUUAUAUAAAGGAAGCGAGCAGGUUACUUGUACUUCCUGGUUUCGGUUUGUGAUGUUACGAUGUCAUGUUCAUGUUAUGACCUAGAUGAUUUGUAUGAAACGGAGUAAAUGGGUUUGAUUUCUCUUCUCUCAAGCAUAGAACAUGGCGGGGGCUGAGUACAUAUCGUCGGUUCAAAUAUGAAACUGCAUGUCC